UGAUCACAAGAUGGCGCUGCCCAUGUCACAUUUUCUGACAGGCAUUGUUAAAUCCAUCAGUUCAAGGGCAGUCACAGUGAGUGGAUCUCAAAUCACCAGCAGAAAAUCCUACUGUUUCGAAUCUCAGUCAAAUGUAUCUAACAGCAUUCCAAGACAGUUUGAUGAAUCCCUUUUAGAAUACAUUGUUUGUCCACUGACAAAAGAACCUCUAAGGUAUGACAAAGAGAAAAACGAGUUGAUCAGUGAUGGAACAGGAGUGGCUUACCCAAUAGUGAAUGGAAUACCAAACCUCGUGCCCCAAGACGGCCGGCCGCUAGCUACACCAACUGGGAAAUAAUUAGGAGAUCUGAAUGGUGCCAUUGGUAUAACAAAAUUGGCCUCAAAUUAGAAAACUGAGACAUUUGUCUUGUGUAUAGAAUAGAAAUGUGUGCGUUGAAAUAUGGAGUAUUCUGUUGAAAGACUUGAAGAGCCUGUGAUAUUACAAUGAUAGUCUCAAAUUAGGAAACUGAUACAUUCUACUUGUGUAUGGAAUAGAGUCAUUUACAUCUAGAGUGAUAAGAAACAGAUUGAUUGAAAGCAUGUUAUUUAGUGGAAAGAAAAAGGACAAAUGACGUAUAUGCCUGACAGUGUUAUUCUAAGAAAUAUUUCUAAUACCAGAACAUUGAAGUGUUCUCUAUAAUUUUCUUGUUUCAAAUGUGACAUGUUUAAAUGUAUAUAUUCUUAUUUUAUUAAGUGAUUAAAUAGAUUGUUUUAUGAAUAAUGAUCCUUUUCACCCUAACCUGUUUUGAUUAUUACCUUGUGUGGCACACCAGAGAUCAUUUAGGACCCAAUAAACAACAAUAACAUGUUUUGAUAUUAAAUUUGAUUUUGAUGAGCUA